GAGGACAAGAUCUCUUUCUGGGAGAUUGUGGUUUUAUUUAUAAUUUGCUUGGAUUUUGUCCCCCUUAUUUUGCAGGUAAUUUUGAGGGGAAGCAAAGAACGUAGCACAGGAGUCACUGGAGUCAACUCAGAUUCCUCUCGUUCUCAUGCUAUCAUCCAAAUUCAAAUCAAAGACACAGCCAACAGGGCAUUUGGAAGGAUAUCAUUCAUUGACUUGGCUGGCAGUGAAAGGGCAGCUGAUGCCAGAGACUCAGAUCGGCAAACAAAAAUGGAAGGAGCAGAAAUAAACCGAAGUCUUUUAGCACUAAAGGAAUGCAUUCGGGCGUUGGAUCAGGAACACACACAUACUCCUUUCCGGCAAAGCAAAUUGACUCAGGUGCUAAAGGAUUCUUUCAUUGGCAAUUCCAAGACAUGUAUGAUAGCCAACGUGUCACCCAGCCACAUAGCUACAGAGCAUACACUGAACACACUGCGAUAUGCUGACAGGGUCAAAGAGCUGAAGAAAGGGAUGACCUGUUCCACUCCUGUCACAAAGAGGCGUCGCAGAGCUGGAAAUGUAUCCUCAAAACGUGUCCAAAGCCAUCUCUCUUUUCCACCUGGGGAAAAGAGCUCUCCAAAGAAAGUGAAGCUAGGCCUACAGCAUCCCUCAAAUGCUACAAAAACAAAGACAUGUCCUGCAGCACUCCAGCCACCCGGUGUCCCUCUUACCUCUACCCCCAAGGGAAUCAACAAAGGACAUGCCUACAAAGGAAAUACCAGCACACCCUGCUUCCACACCAGCCCAGUUAACGAAGUCCUACGAAUAGCUCAUCCCCUGAAGAAGAAAACUGAUGAUCUAUUCCCCCACUCUGAAAAGAACCCAUCUGUGAAGGAUUUCAUGGGCAAAAGUGCUGCCACAGCAGAAACAAAAGAGAGUGGCCAGAGAGACAAAUAUAUGCAAGACAGACCUGCCCAGUGCCUGAAAGUCCAGACGGUGCAACCUGUUCAGAAACUGCUUGUUUCUAGAAGUGAUAUUUCCCUAGGAGAUGAAAAUCUGCUCUCUGACAGCAAACAGGAAUGGGGAAAUACUUCUGCUAAACAAUGUGUUGAAGACUUGACAUAUCCGCCUACAUUUCAGAAGAAAAGGGAAGAGCAUUUACGCUUUUAUCAUCAGCAGUUUCAGCAGCCACCUAUUCUACAGCAAAAACUAAACUAUCAGCCCCUUGAGAGGUUUUUAAUGCAGCACAAGCCUGAGGAGUUUCAAGUGGAGCAGGAGCUGGGCCUUACUCCCACACAAGUGCAGAGCAAAAAGGGGAUGCAGCUGGAAGAUCUGGAUGACAGUGAUUUCAGUGAAGAUUCUAUCUCUUCUGUCUGUAGUCAAAAGAGUGUGCAAAGAGGAAAGACCAACAAGUGCACUCAGCAUUCAUUUUUCCUUCAUGAAAGAGAACGAGGAACUGACAAAGAGCAAGAAGGCCAAAAGCAAGAGUAUUUAUUUUUGAAAUAUGCAAUGCCUAUGCCAGAGCAUGAACUAGAUGACAGCUGUAAAUGCAGUGAGGGCAGCUCAAAGGCAGAGGAAUCCAUUAGAAAUGCAGGCUGCAGCAAAACUCCAGCAGACUGGAACUACAGCUCAACUACUGAGUCGUCUCCAGGCAAUACUGCAAAAAAACCAUACUGCCUACAGGAAGAUCCUGCUUGUAGCUGGAAAAAUGGCAAAGAUUUCUUAGCUGAUCACAAAGAAUACAAGUCCAAGCACAGACGUCUUGUUUACUCCAGUGAAGCCACCUUAACUCCAGAAAAGGAUGCUUCAAACCCAUAUGUAUCUCCUAUAUUGAAAUCUGAAACUCCAGAGUGCCAAGACAUUGAUGUUCAGCGUGAGAAGGAAGAAUCCACUUGGGAUAAACAGGCUGCCCUUGCAGGAGAUGUAAAAUGGAAAGCUCGAAAAAAUGGACUUAACCACGGUAUGUCUUCCAGUUGUUCCUCUGAAUUCAGUUCUGAGCUAAUGGCCUCCCUCCUGGUGUCCCCUCUUAGCUAUGAUGAAACAGCUGACACAGAGCAAGUGUGUCCUGACCAAGAGAAGUCCCCCCAUGAGAAGCAUAUGCCAGACAGGGACACACAUGGCUCCCAGGACAGGAGCAAGGAAGAGGGCUGGCAGUGCACGAGGAGCAGAGCUCUGACAGACAGCAUGCUGGAGCUGAGGGAGAAAUUCCUUCAUGGGGGAAGACACUGCUCCCUGCUGUGUUCCGCCCCCCCCCCUGCCUGCUGCCAUGUGAAGCAGUGCUGCUGCCUCCGGGGCUUGGGGUCGUCAAAACCGGGAGUCAGUCACAGUUAUGGGUGUGACCUGACAGACACAUCCGCAGCUGGAUCAGUGGGCUCCAGCGGGGAGAAAGGGCGGGGAGUAUUUCGCGGUGACUCCACGUGCAAGAAAUGUGCAGGUGGCAGACAGUGUGGUGCUGACGUUAAAGGUAAUGCUGGUAAUUCAGGAAAAUCUAACUCAGGUCAAGGACCCAGUGUGGCGCCCAUGGCUGAGGAAUUGAGUGCUGGAACACCUGAAAAGGGCUGUGGUUCAGAUGCACUGUGCAGUCGCAGUGUGGGACACACAGAUCAUGCAGCCUGGUCCCCCGCUAAGGAGAGCAGCCUGGUCUUGCAGUCCAAGCCAGGACUGAGGAAUGAAGACCUCACUCAUUCUGAAGACCCUGCAAAGAGCCCCUCAUGCAUGGAAGCCUGGGAAAAGGCACAACAGGCUGUAAUUCGUGCCCAUCAGCAGCAGCUGGAUGACUUGGCAUGCCUGUGCUUCAAGGAGGAGUGCUUGAUAAAUCAGAUGUCGGCAAUGGAUUUUCAGAAUUUCGCAACCAAGCUGGAUGAAAUCUUGAUGCUGAAGUCAGAGUGUAUCCAAACCAUGCGAGCACAGCUGCAGCUCUGCUUAGCCUCUCCUGGCAUUGACAUGUAACUGCAAACACCUCCAUCAGUUUAG